GUGCGAAAUCUGUAACACGUUUUCCGCCGUCGAUCAUCCGGCGGCAAUUCCGAAGCUAUCAACACCAAAAUAAUUCGUAUUCCUUUGGAAUCUCCGUACCUCUCUCUGCUUUAAUCACCAUCUCCAUUUUCUCACUUUCCAUUUCCUUCUCCAAAUUCGAAAUUCCCCUCACAAUGGCACAAUCUCUGCAACUUUUCACCUCCUCCACCACCCGCUCUCCGCCCAUUUCUCUCUCGAAACAUUCCCUCUCAAAACCCCCCUCCUCUUCCACCGCCACCUUCCGCCUCCCUGUCUCCUUCAACCAAUUUUCAAUUCGAGCCUCUUCCUCUCCGGAUCUCAACCCUCUGUCAUCAGCUUCCACUUCCCAAGUCUUGGUUUCUGAAAAUGGUUCGAGUUCCGGAGGUGGGUUUGUGUCUACUUCUGCUACUACCAGGGAGUUUGUGCCGGCUGUGUCUGAUGGCAGCUCGAUUGACGUCGAUACUGUCACGGAGGCUGAGUUGAAGGAGAAUGGCUUCAGGAGUACAAGGAGGACGAAGCUUGUGUGUACUAUUGGUCCUGUUACUUGCGGAUUUGAGCAGCUUGAAGCGCUUGCUGUUGGCGGUAUGAAUGUUGCGAGGAUCAAUAUGUGCCAUGGAACUCGAGAGUGGCAUCGGAUGGUCAUUGAACGCGUGCGCAGGCUCAAUGAGGAGAAGGGCUAUGCUGUGGCUAUUAUGAUGGAUACUGAAGGGAGUGAAAUUCAUAUGGGUGAUCUUGGUGGAGCUUCCUCGGCUAAAGCGGAAGAUGGUGAAAUCUGGACAUUCAGUGUCAGAGCUUUUGAUUCAACACUCCCAGAACGCACCAUUAAUGUGAACUACGAAGGGUUUGCAGAAGAUGUGAGAGUUGGUGAUGAUCUCCUUGUUGAUGGUGGAAUGGUGAGGUUUGAAGUAAUCGAAAAGAUUGGUCCUGAUGUUAAGUGCCUGUGUACUGACCCGGGGUUGUUGUUGCCACGGGCUAAUUUGACUUUUUGGAGGGAUGGACAUCUCGUACGAGAACGUAACGCCAUGCUCCCUACAAUUUCUUCUAAGGAUUGGUUGGAUAUUGAUUUUGGGAUUUCUGAAGGUGUUGAUUUUCUUGCCAUAUCAUUUGUGAAGUCUGCUGAAGUGAUUAAACAUCUCAAAAGCUAUAUUGCUGCACGUUCUCGUGGCAGUGACAUUUCCAUCAUUGCGAAGAUAGAGAGUCUGGACUCAUUGAAGAACUUGGAAGAAAUUAUUGUAGCAUCUGAUGGAGCUAUGGUAGCCAGAGGAGAUUUAGGAGCUCAAAUACCACUGGAACAGGUGCCAUCAGUCCAGCAAAAGGUCGUCCAACUAUGCAGGCGGUUAAAUAAGCCAGUUAUUGUUGCCUCUCAGCUGCUCGAGUCGAUGAUCGAAUACCCUACACCUACCAGAGCUGAAGUCGCUGAUGUUUCCGAGGCUGUUAGGCAGCGAGCAGAUGCUCUAAUGCUCUCUGGUGAGUCCGCCAUGGGCCAGUUCCCCGAGAAGGCAUUGACCGUCUUGAGAAGCGUCAGUCUAAGAAUUGAGAAGUGGUGGAGGGAUGAGAAACGCCAUGAAGCUAUGGAACUCCCAGAAGUUGGAUCUUCAUACUCGGAUAGCAUCUUAGAAGAGAUCUGCAAUUCCACCGCCAAAAUGGCCAAUAAUUUGGAGGUGGAUGCAAUUUUUGUCUACACAAAGACAGGCCACAUGGCAUCUCUCCUAUCCCGUUGCAGACCCGAUUGCCCGAUCUUUGCGUUUACUUCCACGACAUCUGUGAGGAGACGUCUUAACUUGCAAUGGGGCUUGAUACCCUUCCGCUUGAGCUUCUCGGACGACAUGGAAAACAACCUCAACAAAACGUUUAUGCUGCUUAAAGCCAGAAACUUGAUAAAAUCAGGUGACCUUGUACUUGCUGUAUCAGACAUGCUGCAGUCUAUUCAAGUAAUGAAUGUUCCAUAAGAAAAAGAGGGGUUCUGUAAUGUGCUUGCUUGCUCUGAUGUUUCAUUCCCCCAAACUAUUUGACUUAAUCUAAGCCUCUGGAUCUGUUACUUAGCUGCUAGGAUAAGAGAUCGACUCGACUCGAGCUUCAGGUUUUUCUCCUUCGACCCUAUCUGAAACGUUUAGUUGAACUUUUGAGCAUUUUGGUUUAUUUCUUCUUAUUCUCUGUAGUGUUUUUAUGGGUAUCAGAUAAAUGUUCUAUGAACAAACAUGGUGUACGUGCUAUUUAUGUAAUUUUUUUAGAUAUUAAUACGUAAUAUUAUGUA